GUUUAUAGAAUUUAGUGUAAUUUUUUUUUAAUACAAGCUAUAAUUAUUCCGGAUUAAAUAAGUGAUUCAUUUUUAAUACCAGUUGAAAAGCUCUUCCAGAUUUUUUUUUAAAGGAAUUUUUAUACUUUUUAAGUUAAUCGCAAUAAACUAGCAAUAAUUUGAGCAUACAUAUUUACAUACAUACAUGGUAAUACCUACUUUUACUUACAUAUGUAAGUAAAUAUGUGCAUAUGUAUGAAUAUAUGUAGAUAUUUAAAAGUUUGCAUAGUGACGAAUUAAAAAGAAUUAAAUUUUGAAUCUUAAACUUACUUGAAUAAUCUUGUAUUAAAAUACGAAAAUGUCAAUUUUAAGCAUUUGGAACAAAAAUGCAACUUUGACUUUAAUACGACGAAGUGAAAAUUAUUUGAAAAGAUCUCUUAGUAGUGCAACUAGUCACAGUUACCAGUAUGACUUAAUUGUUAUUGGUGGAGGUUCUGGAGGCUUAGCAUGCGCAAAAGAAGCUGUUGCAAAUGGUGCAAAAGUUGCAGUAUUAGAUUUCGUUAAACCUACUCCUAUUGGAACUAAAUGGGGGGUUGGUGGAACAUGUGUUAAUGUGGGCUGCAUUCCAAAGAAAUUAAUGCACCAAGCAUCAAUACUUGGAGAGUCCAUUCACGAAGCUGCAACAUACGGUUGGGAAAUUCCAGAACAGCAAAACGUUAAAGCUAAUUGGAGCAAAUUAACAGAAGCAGUUCAAAAUCACGUUAAAUCAGUUAAUUGGGUCACCAAAGUUGAUUUGAGAGAUAAAAAAGUUGAAUAUAUUAAUGGCUUAGGGUACUUUAAGGAUCCGCAUACAGUUGUUGCUGUUAUGAAAAACAAAUCAGAAAAAGAAUUAACUGCACAAAAUAUAGUUAUUGCUGUAGGUGGAAGACCAAGAUAUCCGGAUGCCCCAGGUGCAAUUGAACACGGUAUUACCAGCGAUGAUAUAUUUAGUUUAGAAAAAGAGCCAGGAAAAACUCUUGUGGUUGGUGCUGGAUACAUUGGGUUGGAAUGUGCUGGUUUUCUAAAAGGAUUAGGAUAUGAUGCCACCGUUAUGGUGCGAUCAAUUGUUUUGCGUGGUUUUGAUCAACAAAUGGCCAACAUCGUGGCCGACUCUAUGGUUGAAAAAGGUAUAAAUUUCAUACAUAAAGCGAUUGUUACUUCUGUUGAAAAACAAAAAGACGGACGACUUUUAAUUUCGUGGAAAAAUACCGAAACUAAUGAAACUGGCAGUGAGAUUUAUGACACAGUAUUGUUUGCUGUUGGUCGUAAGGGUUUAGUUGAAGAUCUGAAAUUGGAGAAUGCCGGUGUUACUUCAAUUGCCGACGAUAAAAUUGUAGUGAAUGAACAAGAGCAGACAAAUGUUCCUCACAUAUUUGCGGUUGGUGAUAUUAUCAAGGGGAAACCUGAAUUAACACCUGUGGCGAUUCAUGCUGGACGAUUGUUAGCUAGACGCAUGUUCAGUGGUUCUUCGCAAAUAAUGGAUUAUGCAGACGUUGCUACAACGGUAUUUUCCCCACUUGAAUAUGCCUGCGUUGGAAUGAGUGAAGAAAGGGCUAUUGAAAAAUAUGGAGCUGAUAAUGUGGAAGUAUAUCACGGUUUUUAUAAACCUACUGAGUUCUUCAUACCACAAAAGAGUGUUAGAUACUGCUACUUGAAAGCUGUUGCUGAACGAAGUGGCGAUCAAAAAGUUUUGGGUUUGCAUUAUAUUGGACCAGUUGCUGGUGAAGUUAUGCAAGGAUUUGGUGCAGCGAUAAAAUCCGGACUAACCAUGAAAAUUCUUUUAAACACUGUUGGAAUACAUCCCACAACUGCAGAAGAGUUCACUAGGUUAGCUAUAACGAAAAGGUCCGGUUUGGAUCCAACACCAGCAACAUGUUGCAGCUAGAUUUCUUUAUGUAAAAGUGUGACAUUGUUAAAUUUUAAUCAAUGUGUUGCAUAAUCAUAAAUAGCACUUACAGUUUCUUCAAAAAAAUGUGCUUUUUAAGAUUAAAAUUAUUCGUUUUGUUUUGAAAUUUAUUCUUGAACCUUAAAGAACAUAAAAUUUUUUCAUCGUAAACAAUUUUGUAUUAAAUAACAUUUAAUAUUUUUGUAUUAAAUAACACUUAAUUCCAAAUUUUCAAUUGGUAAUUUUGUACAAGAAUGAUAUUUAAACUCACUUGAUAAUUUAAAAAAUGUAUAUACAUAUUAGCAACCAAUUAUAUUAUGCUUUUUAAAUACUAAGGGGAAAAUAAAUUUAAGACAAAUUUAA